UCUUAUUCAAUCAAAGAAAAGCAAUCAAAACUAUCCUAUCCUCUCCGCUAAAAUACCUAAUAAACAUCUUUAAUGUGUUAAUCAAUUGAACAAUCUUUAUCAAUUUCAAUCUUCCACGACCUUUCAUGUGCUUACCUUUAGCCGGUCAUUCAAUAUUUGUCCAAGUCAACGACCACCGAACCCGGACCCGACCCGCGUGAACCACCUUCAAGAGCCUUAACUAUUUCCGGUGAGGGUGAAAGCGACACAGAUACUGUGCGGUUGGGCAAGAGCACUUGUUGCAUUAAUGGCUGCCAACUCUCUGUAAAGUUAAAGGUAGAAUAUCACGACUGAGGAUUUAUUGAAGACAGAGACCAUAAGUCCGUUCCUUCCCAUGCUUGUUAUUUAUUGCUUUUUUGUUUCAUGGUUUGGUCCAGGCACCAACACUGGGACAACAUAGAAAACAGAAUCGAAGCUCGUGAUUGGAGAAGAUGAGCUGCGGUAGGCCGUCAUGAAGUUCAGUCAGGCAUUAUCACAAACAGCCAUGGAGGCUGUUUUGGAGGUGAUUUUAGUCUUCUUUUUGAUCCAGUGUGCGCUGGGGCAGGAAGUUCCGUUGAACUCCAGUGUCGAGCGGUCAGCAUUGCUGGACCUCCGGUCGUCGCUGGGGCUCCGGACCGUGAACUGGCCGAUAAAGGGUGACCCCUGCACGAACUGGACUGGAGUCCAUUGCCAAAACGGGCGGGUCGUCGGGAUCAACAUUUCCGGUCUAAAACGUACUCGUUUAGGACGUAUGAAUCCUCGGUUCAGUGUCGACUCUCUCGCCAAUUUGACAUUAUUGCAGUCUUUUAAUGUAUCAGGGUUUUUACUUCCCGGUUCAAUACCGGACUGGUUCAAUUACCGGCUGAGUUCGUUACAGGUGCUGGAUCUUCGUUCUUGCUUGGUGUCUGGUCCUGUACCUGUAUCGCUUGGUAAUAUGAGUAGGCUUAACGAGCUGUACUUAUCUGACAAUAAUCUCACUGGCAAUGUGCCUGCUACAUUGGGGCAGUUAAUGGAGAUAGCAGUUCUGGAUCUUUCACGUAAUUCCCUUACCGGCUCUGUUCCUUCUAGUUUGUCAUUGCUUGGUAACAUAAGUCGGCUUGACCUUUCAUCGAACUACUUAUCAGGGCCAGUUCCAAUAGAGUUGGGUUCUAUUUCAGGUCUGCAGUUCUUGAAUUUAUCAGAUAAUAGCCUCAUAGGGUCAAUUCCUGUCCAACUGGGUGAGCUUUCGCGAUUGAUUGAGCUCGAUUUUAGCAGGAAUUCAUUGGAGGGUCCGUUGCCAGAUGCGGUUUUAUAUACUCUUGUACAGUUGCAAAUUUUGCUUCUAAGUGGGAAUAAACUGGAUGGAGCUAUUCCUGGUGCGAUGUGGUCAAUGCCUAAUUUGCAUUUGCUUGAUGUAUCUGGUAAUCGCUUCACUGGUGUUUUGUCGAAUUUUAGUUUGAAUAGUAAUAUCACUGGUGCUUAUGCUGUGUUCAAUCUUUCCAACAAUUUGUUGUAUGGAACUCUCCCCACGUCAAUACUAGGGAAUUUCAGUUUGAUUGAUUUGUCGAGUAACUACUUACAAGGCAAGGUACUUGAUAACAGUCGAAACAAUAUUACUCUUCACCGGAAUUGCCUCCAGGUUGUGCGAAAUCAGAGGUCUUUGGAGGAUUGUAGCUUGUUUUAUGCUGAGAGAGGCUUAAGUUUUGAUAACUUUGGGGCUCAACAACCAACCCAGACACCUGUGCCACCGCCUGAACCAAAGAAGCGCAGACAAUGGAUAUAUAUUUUGGUUGGACUGCUGGGAGGACUUGGCUUCAUUGUGGUUUUAGCGUUGCUGAUGGUUUUGGUCCUUAGAAAGUGCAAUAAGGGAAGGGUGAAUCAGAGAGGGACUGCAAAUGUGGGGCCUGUUCCAGGAGGCAAUUCUUCACUGCCAAAGGAUCCUGCAAUAUUAUCUGGUCUAGGUGAAUCAUUCACAUAUGAACAGCUGCUUCGUGCAACUGGUGGUUUUAGUGAAAUAAAUCUCAUCAAACAUGGCCAUUCCGGGGACCUCUACCGGGGCUCUUUGGAAAGUGGGAUUCCCAUAGUUGUCAAAAAGGUUGAUUUGCAUUCCUUCAAGAAAGAAUCGCAUUUACUGGAGUUGGAAUUGUUUAGUAAGGUUCUUCAUAGUAGAUUGGUUCCGCUUAUGGGGCACAACUUCGAUCACGAAAAUGAAAAGCUCUUGGUCUACAAAUAUAUGCCACAUGGAGACUUGGCUAAUUCCUUGUUCAGGGUUACAACUUCAGAUGAUGAUGGUUUACAGUCUCUUGAUUGGAUCACAAGGUUGAAAAUUGCCAUAGGUGCUGCUGAAGGUCUAUCUUGCUUACACCACGAAUGUAACCCUCCCCUUGUUCAUAGAGAUGUUCAAGCGAGCAGCAUUCUUCUUGAUGAUAAAUUUGAAGUGCGGCUUGGAAGCCUGAGUGAGGUUCGAGCCCAAGAAGGUGAUUCACACCAAAGUUUGCUAACGAGGUACCUGCGGAAGCGACAACCUUCUGAACCAGGCCCAUCUGGCUUAUCAUCAGCAACUUGUGCUUAUGAUGCAUACUGUUUCGGGAAGGUUUUACUCGAGCUCGUGACUGGCAAGCUUGGCAUCAGCAGAACAAAUGAUGCCGGUACAAAGGAGUGGUUGGACCACACUCUUCCUUACAUCAGCAUAUAUGACAAGGAACUGGUCACUAAGAUUGUUGAUCCAUCUCUGAUGAUAGAUGAGGAUUUAUUGGAAGAGGUAUGGGCCAUGGCAAUUGUUGCAAGGUCAUGCCUUAACCCCAAGCCAUCCAAACGUCCCCCUAUGAAAUAUAUCCUCAAGGCAUUGGAGAAUCCAUUGAAAGUGGUGAGACAGGACAGUUCUAACUCUUCAAGGCUGAGAACAUCUUCAUCUAGGAGGUCUUGGACUGCUUCUUUCUUUGACAGUUGGCGACGCAGCUUAUCAGAGGGUGCUCCCGCUCCUGGCCACGCGUAUGGAGAAGGUACCAAUGGCUUAAGACAGACGGGGAGAGUAGGCUCUCACGGCAGUCAUAGGAUCGAACAUUCAUUUUCAGCUAAGAGGUUGUCCAAUGAGAUUUUCCCCGAACCACUCGAAAUGCAAGACGUAGAGAGGCAAGAUUAGCAUUAGUUAAACGUUGGUUUGGCAUCUUUAAACGAUUUCAUUGCCCCGACCUGCAAGUGCUGAACAGCUCUUUUGAACCCUUCACCAUGUACAGCUGCUACUCAGAGUUUGACACUCAAUGAUGACUAUAUCUCCUGCCCUAUAUCUGUUAAAACCUUGAAACUCCAAUGAGGGGGACAUUCAUAAGGGACCAUGGAAGAAGGAAUCUUUCAGCCAAAUGCAACCACAGGGUACGAGUGCUUGUUUAGUUUGAGAACAUGCUACCUUUUUUUUCACUGUAAUUGAUACUUGUUCAUAUAUCCGAGAGUGAAUAUAAUUGUAAAAGAUGAGGGUUUCUCCUAGACUUUAUUAGGUUCCAAUGUGUUCACAAAUUAAAAGAAAUUUGCCAAUUUGAUACGUAGACGUAUUGUCAACGUUUGAAAUUCA